AUGCAAUCUAAAAAAGAAGUUGGAACUAUACUUGAUCAACCUGGAAAAUCAGUACCACCACGUAAUCUAACUCUGGUACCUCCACCUCAUCGACAAUGGACUAGUGGGAUUUGUUAUUGUUGUAAAAAUAGGGAUUGGGGUUGUUUUGCGGUAUGUUGUUACUUCUGUCUAUUAAAUCAACUGACAAAAGCAAUGAAUGAAAAAACGUGUUAUCCAUGUUUACCAUGGUGUGGAUUAGUAGGAUUGAGAAUGAAAAUGCGAACAACUUAUGGAAUAGAGGGUGAUGGAUGCAAAGAUUGCUGUCAACUAUGUUUCUGUAAUGGUUGUGUAGCAUGUCAAAUGCAUUAUGAAGCACAACAAAUUGGAAUUAUAGAAAAGAAAACCUGUUCAGAUGCAUGUAAUCAAUGUUGUGUAUGUUAUAGAUAA